AUGGACCCAGCGAAGCUGAUGCCGACCAUUAUACGCAACGCCUUGGGCAACGAGGCCACGAGCACCGUGGUGUCGUUUGCCGCCAACGAGGCUCGCUCUUUCGGCGAGAACGCUGCGGCGCGGCAGGUGACGAAGGCGUCGGAGACCAUUGUCGAUCUUGCGCCGUGGAUAUUUGGCUACACGUCUGGGGAGCAGGUGCCAAAAGACACCGCCGUAUCACUGCAGGUGGUGUCACCAGCCACCGCCAUGACUGAGGCUGUUGUCUUGAAAUCCCGGCAGCUUGGUGCGCAGGAGCACCUUACCCACCCAGCGCAGGUGGCUGCCUUCUACAUCAAGUCGCUCUUGCAGCUCUUGCCGGAAAAGGGGAUGAUACGCACUUCUCCGGUCUGCCUGGCUGUGCCGUCUGCAGCAUACGCGGCUUCCUUCGAAGCGCUCCGCCAAGCCACUUUGCUUGCUGGCGUGCCGCAAGAGCAGACGAUAAUCGCCCACUCAGACGAGGCCACCGCCGUGUACUUCCACCACCUCCAGUACAGCGGCCUACCCGCGAAGCACGACGGCGCGGCGGUGCCAGUGGUGCUGAUCGACAUUGGACAGAGCUGCUCAGUCGCUUCCCUCAUCAUGGCCUCACAGCCGCGCGUGGAGAAGGUGGAUUGCCAGACGCUGCGCAUGGGCAGCGAGUACAUCGAUGCUCUUCUCUGCAGCCACGUAUACAGUGAGCUCGGCAAGAAGUUCGGCGCGGCGGCCGAUCCCUUGCGUGGCGACAUCAAGUCGUUUCGCAAGAUCCUGCGCGAAUGCCGAAAGGCCAAGGAGGUGCUGUCGACGACGGACGAGACGCAGGUGCAGCUAGAAGGCCUUAGCGGGGACAUCGACAUCAUCGUUUCCGUAACGCGUGCGAUGAUGGAGCAGGCGGCGCUGCCGUUUCUGCAGGCGGUGCGUGCGAUGCUCACGGCCAUCAAAGAGAAGCUGCCGGUGCCGAGCGCGACGGAGGACGGUUCGCAGGCGGCAGCUGUGCCCCCCCGCGUCGAGGUGAUUGGUGGCGGGUGGCGCUCCGUGUGCGUCAUGGAGGCGAUCAGGGAGGUGUUCGGCAUCACGCGUGUCGGCGUAUCGCUCGAUGCCAACCUCAGCGUGGCGGAGGGCAGCGCCAUCCUCGCUGAGGUGCGCCAGUUGACCAUUGCAAGGCAACAGGACGAGGAACAGACGGCACAGGCCACGACCGCAUCGUCGGUAGCGGAGGCUCACCAGGUCGAGCUCAUUGGCUUUGAGGUCCUUGACGCGAACUCCCCCAUCAACCGACCGCUCUCCGAGGCAGGGGUGAGGGCCGUGACGGAGUGGAUAAUGCUGGAGAAACAGAUGGAAGACAGUGACGCCCGCAUCCACGAGCGACUGGCCGCGCUGAAUCGACUUGACUCGUACAUUCUGCAGACCCUGGCCGCAGUCGACAACUGCGCUGCGUCGAGUGAGAAGAAGACCGAGAUGCGGGCCUACAUUGAGGAGGUCGACGCGUACGUGCGCAGCGAGGGCGAUGAGGCAAGCUCGGUGGAGUUGAACGAGAAGCUGGCGGCGGUGCAGGCCCACGUCACGGAGCACUUCUCUGAGAUAGAGGCGUACUACGAGAGCGUGCGUGCGGAGGAGAAGAGGAAGGAGGAAGAACUGGUGAAGCUGAGCAAGGAGCGGCAGGAGGACGAGUCCGACUUGAAGAGCGACCCCCAACGUCUGCGCAUGGCGCAGAAGCGGCGUGAACAGGGGCAGGGCUUGUUUAGGGAGGAGUGCUGGGCUGAGGCGCAGACGCGCUUCGUGCAGGCGCUCUCCAUUCUCGGCCAGCUCUACGACACGAGCAGCGAGGAGAACAAGACAAAGAAGCGGGAGAUCUCCCUCUCGUGCUACCUCAACAUCGCCUCCUGCAGCGUCAAGCUCGGGCUGUGGAAGAACGCGGUGAACAACUGCACCAACGCGCUCGAACUCGUGCCAGAUCACCCGAAGGCGCUCUUCCGCCGCGGGCAGGCCUACAGCGCGCUGAAGGAGUACGAGGAGGCAGUGACAGACCUGGAGAAGGCCAAGGCGGUGUCGCAGGACGACCCGGUUGUUGUGGCAGAGCUGAACAAGGCAAAGGCCGCCCUGGGGGCAGAAAAGGCAAAGACGAAGAAGAUGUUCGCUAAGAUGUUCUCAUAA